UUGGCGAGAUGUCCUAGUGCUCACAGGGCGGGAUCUGGGCCUUCUUUGCUGUUGGGUAGAACUGUUGGGGACUUUAAUGUUUCUGUUCCCAAACUUCCAGCAGUACUUGAUCCUUAGAAAAGCCUCCCCACAUCAGCUGCCCUUAGUGUUACCAUUACCGCAAGCACUGGGUCGUUUUCUCAGUGAACUCUAUGGAGCAUGCCCUGUGUGCCAGGCACCAAAUUCAGCCGCGAACCAAAUGAGGUCCCUACCCUCCUGUGAGCUGACCCUCUGGUGGGGGCGAUAGUAGGAAAGGGAGUAAAUGAACAAGAUCAUGUCAGAUCGGGCUGAGGCUAUGAAGGAGAUAACGGGAAGAGGAGCCGAUGGCCUGGGAAGACACACACUAGAGAUCAUCGACGAGUACAUCAAGGAGAACGGCUUCGGCCUGGAGGGGGCGCCGCCGGGCCCGGGCGAGGGGCUGCCGCGCCUCGUGCCUCGCGGGGUGGCCUCCCUGAGCACCGUCACCCUGGGCCCCGCGGCGCCCCCGCCCCCCGCCACGCCGUCGCCCUGGGGCUGCCCCCUGGGGCGGCCCGUGCCCCCGGCCCCGGGUCCCGGGCCGCGGCCGCACCUGGUCAUCACCGAGCAGCCCAAGCAGCGCGGCAUGCGCUUCCGCUACGAGUGCGAGGGCCGCUCAGCCGGCAGCAUCCUCGGGGAGAGCAGCACCGAGGCCAGCAAGACGCUGCCCGCCAUCGAGCUCCGGGAUUGUGGAGGGCUUCGGGAGGUGGAGGUGACCGCCUGCCUGGUGUGGAAGGACUGGCCUCACCGAGUCCACCCCCACAGCCUCGUGGGGAAAGACUGCACCGACGGCGUCUGCAGGGUGAGGCUACGGCCUCAUGUCAGCCCUCGGCACAGCUUUAACAAUCUGGGCAUCCAGUGUGUGAGGAAGAAGGAGAUUGAGGCCGCCAUCGAGCGCAAGAUUCAGCUGGGCAUCGACCCUUACAAUGCUGGCUCCCUGAAGAACCAUCAGGAGGUAGACAUGAAUGUCGUGAGGAUCUGCUUCCAGGCCUCAUACAGGGACCAGCAAGGACAGAUGCGCCGCAUGGACCCCGUGCUCUCUGAGCCUGUCUAUGACAAGAAGUCCACAAACACGUCAGAGCUGCGGAUUUGCCGAAUCAACAAGGAGAGCGGGCCGUGCACGGGUGGCGAGGAGCUCUACCUGCUGUGUGACAAGGUGCAGAAAGAGGAUAUAUCGGUGGUGUUUAGCAGGGCCUCCUGGGAAGGCCGGGCUGACUUCUCCCAGGCCGAUGUGCACCGCCAGAUUGCCAUUGUGUUCAAGACACCACCCUAUGAGGACCUGGAAAUCGUUGAGCCUGUGACCGUGAACGUCUUUCUGCAGCGGCUUACUGACGGGGUCUGCAGUGAGCCUCUGCCCUUCACGUACCUGCCUCGGGACCAUGACAGUUAUGGCGUGGACAAGAAGCGGAAACGGGGGAUACCUGAUGUCCUCGGGGAGCUGAAGAGCUCGGACCCCCAUGGCAUCGAGAGCAAACGGCGGAAGAAAAAGCCAGCCUUCCUGGAUCAUUUCCUGCCCAACCCCAGCUCAGGCCCGUUCCUCCCGCCGUCAGCCCUGCUGCCGGACACAGACUUCUUCUCUGGCACCGUGUCCCUCCCCGGCCUGGAGCCCCCCGGUGGGCCAGACCUUCUGGACGACGGCUUUGCCUAUGAUGAUGCCACGGCCCCCACACUUUUCACCAUGCUGGACAUGCUGCCCCCUGCGCCGCCACUCAUCAGCGCUGUCACGGGCAAUGGGGCUGCAGGGCCUGCAGUUGGAGAUCCUUCCGGCCCCGAGCCAAUGACACUGGACUCAUACCAGGCCCCAGGCCCCGGGGACGGGGGCACGGCCAGCCUUGUGGGCAGCAACAUGUUCCCCAACCAGUACCGGGAGGUGGGCUUUGGGGGAGGCCUCCUGUCUCCGGGGCCGGAGGCUACGUAGCCCCGAGGCGCUGGAGGAGAGGCGCUAGGUGGGGAGGGAGGGAGGUGGAAGGGGCCGUGCAAACCCAGCCAGGAUGUCCAGCACCUCCGUCCCCUUGGGCCACCGUUGGUCGGUCUUCCAACCUCCUCAUUCUUCUGAAUGGGACAUCUUCAGCGCUGGUGAGAAGCUCCACAGCACCGGUUUCCCCUGAGCCCAUUUUACAAAUGGGAAAACCGAGUCCGGAGAGGAAAAGGGGCUUGCCUCCCAUGCACCAGCUUGUAAAGCUGCCUCAGUCCCCACGAGUGGGGGCACCUUCUCCAGGCGGAUUCUGGAGUGUACAUAUGGGAGAAAGGUGCAGAUCCUCGGCUUUCCUCCCCCGAGCUUGAAGGUGGGGGGUAAAGGUUGUUUGUUCUGAGUCUUCCCAAUAAAGAUGAGUUUUUGAGCCUUG